GAGUGACAUCAACGAUAAUUUUAACAAAAAUGGAUUGGGAAGAUAUCGACUGUUUAUUUGAAAAGCUUCCAACAAAAUUUUUUGGCGAAUGCAUCAAGUUUAAAGCGGGAUUAAGAGAAUGGAGGAAGAACAUGAAUAUACCGCUUGUACGUGAUGCAAGCACCUUAUCUGCGAGUAGUCGAAUUUUGGAGUGGUUAGAGAAAAUUUCUGACGACUUAAAUGCAGCUAAAAGUUCGAGAGAUUCUUCACCAGUACUCCAGCCAACGUAUGAUAACUGCAUGGACAGUCGCAGCUUAACCCACCUUUUAAAAGGUACGGUUAAAGGGCAGCUUGUGCUUCACUUUCAGCAGAAAAAUGGUUUCUUGGACGCCAAGCAGCAGAAUACAUUGUGUCACUGCGUAAUAGAGAAUUAUAUAGGAAGGCGGAAAAAACUGACAUAUGGAGAAAUGCAAAAGUGGGCCAACAUCAUCUGCGAUGUAUUCCCCAAAGAGAAUCCGGAAACAUAUUUUCUAGCAAGAAAAUAUGGUAAGAAAAAUCCUACGGGAAAGCUAUUUUCACGCUGGACGAAUGCUGACAAAACCAAUUAUAAAAACUUUUCAACCGAUCGUACAACUACCGCUUCGCCAGCAGCUUUAUCCAGCGAUAAGUAUUACGAAAAGAAGUGCUGGCUGCAGAAUAAUUGCACACCAUGGGAACAGGUUAUUGAUUACUGGAAGGAGACAUCUGGUCAAAGAAUUAUAGAUAUCCAUAACGCCAGUUCUUUAAGCUGCAUUUUUAGUGAAUGGCCGCGCUAUAAGGACUUUCGUGGAUAUGAACUUGUAGAAAUAGACUUUGCGACUCUUUACCCCGGGAAAGAAAAUAUGUUAUUUUUGAAAUUGGAGAAGUUUUAUAAAGAAAUCCUCAAAAUUUUUGAUAGAGAUAUAAAAGACCGUGUUUCAAGGGAACUAUUCUUAAAGUAUUUGCACAUUGACAACAUCUCAAAUGAAUGUAAAUAUUGUAUAAGUACAAUUCUUCUACAUGCUUUGCUACAGCCUUUGAGGCUUAAUAAGGACAAAAAACCAACAAUAGCUGAUGCCCAAACAGAUUUCGUAACACUCGUUGCAACACGUAAUGAUAUUCAACCCACAAUAAUUGAAUUGAAGAACCAGUUUGCGGUAAGAAAGGAGAAACUACAGCCGAGAAUUAUCGUCGUUGGAUCAGAUUGGUCAUCCAUUUCAGAGUUUUAUGUUUUUUGCGAUGGUCUGCAAUGGAAAUGUACUACGUAUAUGAAGUGCGUUGACUGCAUUAUUAAACUAUCGUACGUUUAUAAGAUAGAGUAUUCACAAAGAAGCAAGCAAGUAUGGGCAUUUUUAGAACAAUAUUUUUUUGAGUUGAAAUCCGAAGAAUUUUCUUCAGUGGCAAAUCUUUUAAGUAAAUUAAACUAAUUUCGUCUAAUUUUGCUAUAAUGCCCAAUUUUGCUUGUUUCAUUUGUCAAAAAGCUCACUUAAAUCCCAUAGAGCUGAUUAAACAUCUAAAGUCUGCACAUGGUACUCCACCAGUUUGUAAAUUUCAAUGUAACGAAUAUAAUUGCAAACAAAUUUUUUAUAACAUUCACAGAUUUCAAAUUCACCUCAAAAAACAUUUGAAAAUAGAAAUUCGCAAUAGCCAAUCUUGUAAAGAAAAUUCUCUUGCUCUUAAUAUUCCAAUUCAAACAACUAAUUCAUCAAAUCAACUAGUACCAAUUCAAAAUAUUACUUCUUUAAAAGAUUCAAUGAUCGCGUUUCUACUUCAACUGCAUUCCAAUACGAAUUUUUCUCGGAAAGACGUAUUCGAAAUUCAAAAUUCCGUAACAGAGUUAAUUUCAAAAUAUGUGAAAUAUUAAGAACCAUUAGUAAUUUUCUUGAAAAUAAUUCUAUACUUGAAGAAGUAAUUAAAAUUAUAUCUCAGCCAUUUUAUGAUUUAACCACCGAAUACAAAUUUUUCAAAGAAAAAGAAAAACUAGAUCUGUAUAAACAUCCGCAAAAAUAUAUUGUUAGCGACGAACUCUCAGAAUGUGAAUUAUUUGUGAAAAGACCUCAAAACCUUUCCCAUAUUUUAUUACUAACGAAAAGAAUCAUGAUAAGUUAUUUAAGUUAUUUUUUUACCCAACUUAUGUAAUAAAUAAACGUAAAAUGUUUAGAAUUGAAUGAAAACCUUAAUAUGUAAUAUAUGUAAUUUGUAUUAUCAACUUAUGCUUUUUAAAUAAAUGCAAAGCUCUAAACUUAUUAGAAUA